AAAUCAAUUAUUGAAUUUAUUCAUUUGUUUUUAUGUUCCUGUGCUCAAAGUUAUUUCAUUUUUUCUUCGAGCUAAGAUACGCAUCUUAGUCUUUUAGAUUAUUCCAUCCACUGUUAUUGCCCUAAUUUCACUUGUUUCGACUGAGAAAGACCUGAUUUCCCUCCACAAAAUUCGAAUCCAUCGCCGAUCGUCUCAGCUUCUUUCUAUUUCCCGCGAGAGCCCUACUGCCCUAGCUCACUAUGUCGAGCGAGCCGGCAGCAAGUGCUGGGGAUUCCUAUAUUGGGAGCUUCAUCAGCUUAAUUUCCAAGUACGAAAUACGUUAUGAGGGCAUCCUCUAUCACCUCAAUGUUCAAGACUCGACCAUUGGCCUGAAAAAUGUUAGAUCAUUUGGAACGGAGGGGCGCAAGAAGGAUGGUGCCGAAGUUCUUCCAAGUGAGAAGGUUUAUGAAUACAUACUGUUUAGAGGAAGUGAUAUCAAGGAUUUGCAAGUUAAGUCACCCCCUGCUGUUCAAACAGAAGAGGAGAUUCACAAUGAUCCUGCCAUCAUCCAGUCACAUUCUGCAGGGAUGCCCGUUACUUCUACACCGCUGGCAUCAAUGAGGAAGAACACUUUGAAAGAAUCAACUCAGUGGCAGGAUACCCCUUCUCUGACAAGGAGAUACCCUGGUGCUUUGCCUCCAUAUCAAUCUGCUGUCCAACUGGGUCAGCCUGAACUUUCCCCUGUGACUCAAACAUCAAUGUAUCCGCAAGGAUACAAUGCAACAUCCAUUAGUAGUUUGAGUAAUCCACAUCACCAAGUUACUAAUCAACUGCCACCAGUGAUGUUAGAUCCCUUCACCAUGCAGCAGUUGAUACAAUCCCCUGAAAUUCAGGCAUCUGCAACUUUGAGACCAGCCAAUAUAUCAGAAUUCAGGACCCCUGUAUCUUCAUCUUCCCUAUCUACAUCUGUAAAUACCAAGUUCUUCCCAUCUCCACAAGUACCACUACCAUCGUCCUUGCCCACACUUCCAUCUCUUUCAUCUGAUUCCACUUUUGUGACUACUAAUGCACUGACAAUGCCUUCAUUUACAUCGUCUGGCCAAGACUUAAACGUACACGGAACUCAAAUUGUUAAUAACUCUGUUUCUGAAUCAGAACCUGUGCAUCCUCUCCCCUCUGUGACAUAUUCUGCAUCUUCUUUACUUGGAUCAAACUUAGGUCCCUUGCUAACACAGUCUCCAAUUUUGCCAACACCAAAUCAAUCUGCACUCCACGGACCUCAAGUGCUUUCUUCUGCACAAAAAGCAUACUCUAAUCAAAAUGAAAUGGCUGCUGGGGUACCUAUGCCAACUUCGUCAAUUAAGCCUCCUGUUACUCAGACGCCAUUAUUGCCAUUGCCAACUGCCCCUCAACAGGUUUUCUUUUUCUUUUCUCUUUCCCUCUUUCCGACAAAUUGUUUAAUGGCUAUAAUUUAUCUUCAUCAAUUAAGCCUCAUGUUACUCAGACGCCAUUAUUGCCAUUGCCAACUGCCCCUCAACAGGUUUUCUUUUUCUUUUCUCUUUCCCUCUUUCCGACAAAUUGUUUUAAUGGCUAUAAUUAGUUUCUCUGUUAUAUUAUACUUUAUAACUUGCUUUAUUUUGAACAUAGAUGUUGCCAAGGAAAAAAAUUAUGAGGAAAAGACUAGGAAAAUUGAAGAGGAAAAUGAUUUACUAACUUUUAUUUUGUUUUUUUUUUCCUAAUAUAUUUAUAGAAGCUCUUAAUAACAAAAAAAUUAUGUCAAAUUGAAGUCUCACUUUUCUAUUAAAAAAAUUCUCUUUUUCUUUUUGAUUUGAAUUUAAAAAGAGAAUAUAUAAUCCUUUGAAAUUUAUUUUAUUUGCUUCCUUAAAUCCAAAUUCUGAACUCUGCUGCUCACUUGUUAGCCAAGAAUGCUUUAAAAUGUAAAGCUAGUGCUUGUAGGAAUAGGGACCUCCCUUUGAUGUUUGUCAAGCUUUGUAUCUGAUUUGUUUGCUGGUUCAAUGUAUUCCUUUUCCGAAGGAAAAAAAAAUCCAAAUUCUUUGUUUGUGUUCCAGGUGAUUUUUAGUUUUUAAUCAAAAUUGUAUAUUCACUGUUCUCAAGUAUAUGUACUCAUUCAAUGGAAACAAAAAAAAAAAAAAAAAACAAAGAGAGGAGAGAGAAGACCAUUGGUGAAUAUAUGGUGAAAGAAGAAUAGGUUUACUUGCUACUUGUAAUUACCAAGACUUCGUCAUUAAUAUAUUGCAUUAUUUUGUUCUGUUUCUUGAAAAGUGUAUUAUUAAUAUCAUAAAUAAUUAUUUAUGCAGACAGUGCCCUUUACUGAAGAGUUUGAUUUUACUACAAUGAAUGAGAAGUUCAAGAAGGACGAAGUCUAGGGAUACCUUGGAAGGGGAAAACCAACUAAUACACCAGAUGGACCAGAAGAAAAUGUAGGCAGUCGUCACUUGGAAGAGAAAGAGGGUCCUGCUUUGAUAACUAACCCAAAACCUGCAUAUAAAAAAGAUGACUUCUUUGACACAAUAUCGUGUAACUCGCUCAAUCAUGGCCGUGGGACAAUAAAUGGACAGAGUCAGUUUUCUGAGAGAAUGAAGCAGGACACCGAGACAUUUGGAUUUCACCAGAGAGCUAAUUUAGGAUAUGGUGGUGGACGUGGUGGCGAGAAUUUCAGGGGUGGACGUAAUUGGGGUAGGGGAUACGGCUAUGGUUAUGCAUAUGGUUAUAACUAUGGUGGGCAAGGAGGCCGAGGAGGAAACAUACCUUUCUAAUACCAAUCUGCAUUACAAUACUUCAACGCUGUAAUCGUUGUUAUCUUUGUUAAGUCAAAUAUCUACCUUGGUUUUUUUGUGAGGGUUGAGAUUGAGAGUCAGAAACAUAUUAGGACUUAAGUGAUCAUCUUGGGAUUUUUGUUUCAGAUGCUGGGUAAGGGACAAAACUACAAGCAUUUGCUUGUUCAUGUAAUUUUUAGUGCUCAUGAACUAGCCUUGUGCGUCUUCUGUUUCUAGCAA